GCAGUCCGGCCAGUCUGCCAACGACAGUGUGGCGUCGUGCACGUGUCGCCGUGUCUGUACCUCCUCCCCGCACACCUCUACUCACAAUCGCACGACGCUCACCGCGCUUCUACCACGGAUACACUUGUGAAACUUGAAACAAAUAAGUGUUAGUGUGAUAAUCUAAAUGCUGUGAGCCUUCUGAUUUGGCUGAAAGUGCAGUGUGUUGUAGUGCAACCGGUUCACCUCGUGUGCGAGGCCGGCUCUUGGAGUGCCAACAACAGUGUCUGUGGAAGCCGCACAGUGCUUUCUAAACGAGUCCCGACACACCGGUCCGGCUGUGCGUUUUGUGCGUACAUUCAACGCAUACUGGAAUUUUCAUAAAACACUUUAAGGCAAGCGGCGAUGUACCAGCCGCCCUGUACAGCCGCGUGACCCGAGCUGCGCGCGCGCCGCGCCCCACCUCACGCGCACACUUUAUGAGGCAGCCGGCGCGUGGAGUAGCGCGAUGCGUGGCGUGCGCGCGUGGCUGGCGCUGGCGGCGCUGUGGGGGCUGGUGUGGAGCGCCAGCGGCGGGCCUGGUCCGCCCCCCGAGCUGCGUUUCUCCAGCGCGCUGUACAACCUCUCCAUUCCUGAGAACAGUCCACCGCGCACCUACGCGCUGCAGCCGCCCGCCGACGACCCGCUGGGCGUGCACUUGCCGGCGCCGGACGCUCGUGUACGGUUCCGCAUCCGCCACGGGGACAAGGACAAAUUCUUCAAAGCGGAGGAACGAACUGUUGGCGACUUUUGCUUUUUAUCGAUAAGAACGCGCGCCGGCCACGCGGACGUGCUAAACCGCGAGCGCCGCGACUUAUAUAGACUCGACGUGCGGGCCACUGCGCAGCUAGCUAACGGACGCCAGCUGGAAGCCGACACAGUGCUGGUCGUGUCCAUCGCUGACGAGAACGACCUGAGCCCUUUGUUUUAUCCCACCGAAUAUGAAGCUGUGGUCCCAGAGGACGCCCCUUUACACUCCAGCAUUGCUCGCGUUACCGCCGAGGAUGCUGAUCUCGGCCUUAACGGAGAGAUCUACUAUAGUAUAGCGGAACCUACCGAUCGCUUCGCAAUCCACCCGACCACUGGCGUAAUCACCAUCACUCGGCCCCUAUCCGCUACCGAAAGCACGCGGCAUACGUUUGCCGUCCUAGCUCGCGAUCGUGCGUCGCUCCUAGCGCGAGGCGAGGAAGCGCCAGCAGCCCGCGCCACAGUCACAGUACGGGUGAAACGCGUCAAUCUCCAUGCACCAGUGCUUCAUGUGCGGCGUAUGCCUGAACUUGUAGAAAAUUCCACUGCUGAAAUCUAUGCCAUCGUAGAAGUGACGGACGAAGACGCUGGAGAACACGGGCGCAUAGCCAGUCUUGAAAUUGUAGAUGGGGAUCCCGAUGGCCACUUCCGCGUUAGGCCGUCGGCGCAAGCAGGCGAGUACGACGUGCUGGUGCACGAGCUGCUGGACCGCGAGAGCGCGCCGGCCGGCUACAACCUGACGCUGCGCGCGCAGGACGCGGGCCGCCCGCCACGCGCCUCCUACCUUACUCUGCCCGUGACGCUGGUCGACGCCAACGACAAUGCGCCCGUCUUCAGCCGAGAGGUUUACGAGGCGAGUAUUCCAGAAACCGUGCCGCCGAAUACACCCGUCAUCAGGCUCAAAGUGAGCGAUCGCGAUGAAGGAAGAAAUGCAAGAGUUUAUAUUGAAGUUGUCGGUGGCAACGAAGGGGAAGAGUUCUAUGUUAAUCCGGACACGGGUGUAUUAUACACCGCCGUAUCGCUUGAUGCUGAAGACAAAGCCCUUUACACUUUGACCGUGUCAGCCAUAGAUCAAGGAAACGCCGGUACGCGUAAACAAUCUUCAGCGAAGGUAAAGAUAACAAUACUCGACUCGAACGAUAACGACCCUAUUUUCGAAAGAGAAGUGACCGAGGUAACGGUCCAAGAGAACGGACCUAGCGGCGCCGUGGUCGCUCGAGUUGUCGCUAGGGACGCCGAUUCUGGAGAUAACGCCUAUAUUUCCUAUAGUAUUGCCAAUUUGCAACCAGUACCAUUCGACGUCGACCAUUUCUCGGGCGCUGUGCGCACAACGAGACUGUUAGACUAUGAAAGUAUGCGCCGCGAGUACACUCUGCGGAUACGAGCGAGCGACUGGGGACUUCCAUAUCGCAGACAAGCCGAAAUGCGACUCGUAGUCCGACUCGAGGACGUCAACGAUAACCGGCCCCAGUUCGAGCGCGUAGACUGUGUAGGCUACCUACCACGGAAGCUCGUCAUCGGCUCCGAGAUUGUCACACUUUCUGCGAUCGACUUUGACGCUGGUGACGUAGUCUCCUACCGCAUCAUUGGUGGUAACGAGGACAAUUGUUUCUCUCUCGAUGCAGGCACCGGUGUUGUGAGUCUCUCCUGUGACUUGAGCGACGUCCGCGCCGACUCCAGGCUUCUUAACGUCACAGCAACAGACGGUACGCAUUUCGCCGACGCUACAUCACUAACCCUACACCUGGUAAGCAGCGGAGGCAGCGGCGCUGAGCCCAGCUCCUUGGAGUGCCGCGACACGGGCGUGGCUCGUCGCCUCACGGAGCUGUUGGCGGCAGCCGAACGAAGCAAUGCACCACAAGAUCUCUCUGACGAAUUUUCCUUAGCACCGUCUCGAUACGGAGAGAACCUACACGCUCCGGAAUUCCUUGAUUUCCCUGUUGAAGUAAAAGUAAAUGAGUCAGUUGCACUCGGGACGUCACUAGUAAAGUUACGCGCGCGUGACCGCGAUCUAGGCUACAACGGGCUACUGGUGUAUGGUAUCUCCGGAGGCGACUCCGACUCCGCGUUUCGUAUCGAUCCAGACACUGGGGAGCUCCAAGUCAUCGGGUACUUGGAUCGCGAACGGGAGAGUGAAUAUUACCUGAACAUCACUGUGUACGAUCUGGGAACGCCUCAACACUCCGUAUCCCGUCUACUGCCUGUCACGAUUCUGGACGUCAACGAUAAUAGCCCACGAUUCGAAAAGACUUUGGCGAGCUUUCGCGUGACCGAGAACGCGUUGAACGGCACGGCCAUAUUCCGCGCAAACGCCACCGACCGCGACGCCGGCGACUUCGCGCGCAUCACGUACAGCGUGAGCGGCGCGGACGAGGGCGAGUUCUGCGUGGAGCGCGACAGCGGCGUGCUGCGCGUGUGCGCGGCGCUGGACCGCGAGCGCCGCGCCCUCUACGAGCUCGCGCUGCGCGCCACCGACGGCGGCGGCCUGCACGCCGAGGCGCUGGUGCGCGUCGCGGUCGACGACGUCAACGACAACGCGCCCCGCUUUGCCCUGCCCACGUACAGCGCGCGCGUGCGCGAGGACGUGCCCGUGGGCACGCUGGUGGCCGUCGUGGAAGCGUUCGACCCCGACUUGGACGCGGGCGGCAUCGUGACUUACUCCUUGCCCGAUCAAGCUGCUGACGACGUAGUUUUCACCAUCGACGCUACUUCUGGCACUUUACGAACCGCAAAAUUAUUGGACUUCGAAGAAAGACAGGUAUAUGGAGUGACAGUGCGCGCCACAGACGGUGGCCAACCGGCGCUGUGGUCUGAGGCGACAGUCAUCGUCGAGGUGGUGGACGUGGACGAGAAUGCGCACGCGCCGCAGUUCAGCGACCACGCCGUGCUGGCGGGCGCCGUGCGCGAGGACAGCCAGCGCGGCGCCGUCGUGCUCACGGCGGCCGCCUCCGACGCCGACCCCGCCGGCCGCGACUCGCGCCUCGCCUACUACAUCGUGGCCGGCUCCGGCAUGGCGCACUUCUCCGUCGAUGACGCCGGUGUUAUUCGCACGUUGACUCCGCUGGACCGGGAGUCCGUUCCUCAUUACUGGCUGACUCUGUGCGCCCAAGACCACGGGCUGGUGCCGCGACACUCGUGUGUACAGGUGUACAUCGAGGUGGAGGACGUGAACGACAUGGUGCCGUGGCCGGAGCAGGCCGCGUACUGGGCCGCGGUGCCCGAGCACUGCGCCGCCGGCACCCACGUGGCCACGGUGCGCGCCAUCGACGCCGACGCGUCCCCCACCCCCGCCAACAUCACCUACUCCAUCGUCGCCGGCAACCCCGACGGAUUGUUUUCAAUAGACGAACACACCGGGGAGGUGGUGACGACGGGGCGCGCGCUGGACCGCGAGGCGGGCGCCAGCCACGCGCUGGAGGUGCAGGCGUCGGACGGCCAGCUGGCCAGCACGGCGCGCCUCGUCGUGCGUCUGCUCGACCUCAACGACCACGCGCCGGUCUUCGCGCAGCGCUUCUACGACAUCCGCGUGCCUGCGCCCCUCGAGCCCCUCGCGCCCCUCGACGCCCAGCCGCAGGGAGACGAGGCCGGCGAUGUCGAAGCGCUACCUGUCGCCGACGAAAGCAGUACCGAGUGGGAAGCCGAAGACGACGAAGAAGGUUCAGGAGUGCGCGCGCCCUGGGACUUUUACGAUGAUCCCGUACCCAUCGGGCACUACGUCGCCACGGUGGUGGCGUUCGACUCGGACGAGGGAGCCAACGGCACGGUGCGGUACUGGGCGCGGGCGCGGGGCGCGGCGCGCGGCCUGCUCCGCGUGCACGGCGCCACCGGCCGCCUGCUGCUGGCGCCGCGCCUGGCGCUGGCGCCCGGCGACUCAUACGACGUCACGCUGCGCGCCUGCGACGCGGCGGCGCGCCCGCGCUGCAGCGUGGCUCGCGCCGUACUGCGCGGCGUGGCGCGGGGCGGGGGCGCGGCGCCCACGCUCCCCGCGCCCCCGCCGCUGCAGGUGGCGGAGCUGGACGCGCCCGGCUUCCUGCUCGCCGUGCUGCAAGCGUCGGAUCCCGACGGCGAUGCCUUGUAUUACAGCAUCAUAGAUGGCGACCCGCGACAAGAAUUUUACAUCGGUAGAGAAGACGGGAGUCUGGUGCUAGCCCGACGCCUGCUCUGGGAGCGCCAGGCGCAGUACUGCCUCAACGUGUCCGUCACCGACGGCACCCACGUGGUGUACGCUCCGGUGAACGUGACGGUGAUCAACGACGCCAACGAGGGCGGCGUGUCGUUCAGCCAGGAGCAGUACGUGGUGGAGACGUCGGAGGCGAGCCGCGCGGGCGAGGCGCUGGUGGCGCUGGCGGCGGCGGGCGCGGGCCGCGUGCUGUACGGGCUGGCCGCCACGCGGGCGCCGGCGUCCGCGCGCCUGUUCCGCCUGCACGAGCUCAGCGGCGUGCUCGAGCUCGCUCAGCCGCUCGACAGGGAGAGCGCGGCCGUGCACGAGCUGACGGUGUGGGCCCGCGACCAGGCUCCGCGCGCGGCGCGGGCCUACGCGCGCGUCGUCGUGCGCGUCCACGACGCCGACGAGCACGCGCCCGAGUGGGGGCGGCGCCUGGCCGAGGCGCGGCUGGCGCGCGACGCUCCCCCGGGCGCGCUGGUGGCCGCGCUGCGCGCCGCCGACCGCGACGCGGGCGACGCGGCGCGCGUGCUGUACUCGCUGGCGGCGGGCGACGCGGCCGGCACGUUCCGCGUGGACGCGGCGCUGGGCGACGUGCGCCUGGCGCGCCCGCUGCCGGCCGCCGGCCCGCGCGACUACACGCUGGCCGUGCGCGCCGCCAACCCCGGCCCGGCCGCGCGCGCCGCCACGCUGCCGCUGCACGUGCUCGUCGUCGACCCCGUCGACGCGCCGCCCCGCUUCCUGGCCUCGGACGUCACGUGCGAAGUCUUCGAGAACGAGCCGGCGGGCACGACGCUGGCGACGCUGGAGGUGCGCAGUGCCAGCGCGCCCUGGUUCUCGCUGGAGGGGGGCGAGGGCCUUUUCCGCCUCAACCCGGCCGCCGGCCUGCUCGCCACGGCCGCGCCGCUCGACUAUGAGACGCGCAACUUUUACAACUUGACGGUGACUGCCAUCAACAUGGGCGGCGGCACGGCGCAGGCGCGCGUGGGCGUGCACGUGUUGGACCGCAACGAGUUCCCGCCCGCGCUGCGCCGCGCGCGCUACCGCGGCCGCGUCUCCGAGGCCGCCGCGCCCGGCGCGCUCGUGGCCGACGCCGACAGCGCCGCGCCGCUCGUGCUGCUCACGGACGACGCCGACUCGCCCGCCAACCGCCAGCGCGCCUACGAGAUCCUGCAGCCGGCCGCGGCCGCGCAGUUCCGCGUCGACCCCACCACCGGCGCGCUGCACCUGCUGGCGCGCCUCGACUACGAGCGCGCGCAGCGCCACGACUUCAGCGUCAGGGUUAUCGACAUGGGGACCCCGAGACUGCCUUCGGGGAGCGUCGCCAAAGUGACGGUGGAAGUGACGGACGUGAACGACUGCCCGCCGGAGUUCUCGCAGGCCGUGUACGAGGCCACGGUGCUGCUGCCCACGUCGGACGGGGUGGCGGUGACGCGGCUGGAGGCGCACGACCCCGACCUGGCGGCCGGCGCUAGUCUGAAGUACGACAUCAUCGAGGGCGACCCGGACGCCGUGUUCGCGCUGGCGGCCGGCGGCGAGCUGCGCGUGGCGCGCGCGGCGGCGCUGCAGGCAGAGCACGCGCUGCGCGUGCGCGCCUCCGACGGGCUGUACUCCGCCACGGCGCGCGUCAUCGUGCGCGUGCGCGAGCCCGACAACUCGGGGCUGGCCUUCCAGAAGGCGGACUACUACGGCUCCGUCGUGGAGAACUCCACCAAGCCGACCACGGUGGCCGUGCUCAACGUGCUCGGGGCGGCGCUCAACGAACAUAUUGAAUUCCGGAUAUUGAACCCGGUCGACGGGUUCGAGGUGGGCCCGACGUCGGGCGCGGUGCGCAGCACGGGGCUGGCGCUGGACCGCGAGCAGCGCGAGGCGUACAGCCUGCUGGUGGAGGCGCGCAGCGCGGCGCCGGCGCAGCGCGUGGCGCGGGCGCGCCUGCACGUGGCCGUGAGCGACGUGAACGACAACUGCCCCGUGUUCGUGGAGCGGCCGUACGCCGCCGCCGUGCUGGCGGGCGCGGCGCCGGGCACGGCCGUGCUGCGCGUGCGCGCCGUGGACCGCGACGCCAACGACAACGGCGAGGUGCGCUACGAGAUGAAGCGCGGCCACGGCGAGCUCUUCCGCGUGGACCGGCGCUCCGGCCAGAUCUCGCUGAAGCAGACGCUGGACGCGCACAGCCCGCUGUACUGGCUGGACAUCGCGGCCUUCGACGGCGGCGUGCCGGCGUGCGGCGCGGAGGCGCGCGUGGCCGUGCGCGUGUGGGCCGGCGGGGCCGCGCCCAGCUGGCCCCGCGCGCACUACGUGCUGGAGGCGCGCGAGGACUCCGCCCCCGGGGCUCCGCUGGGGGUUCCGCUGCAAGCCACGUCGCCGCUGGGCCGCCAACUCAUCUACACGCUGCACGAGGACGUCGCCGGCCUCUUCGAGAUCCACUUCGACACAGGCGUGGUGGCGGCGCGCGCGGCGCUGGACUACGAGGCGGCGCGCAGCCACGAGCUGGUCCUGCGCGCCACCGACCCCGUCACCGGCGCCUCCGCCGACGCCGCGCUCACGCUGCGCGUGCUCGACGUCAACGACUGCGCGCCCGAGUUCCCGCGCGACCUGUACCGCGCCUCCGUCUCCGAGGCGGCGCCGCUCGGCGACCUCGUGCUCACCCUGCACGCGCGCGACAACGACACCGCCGCCGAGGGCGCCUUCGUCAUAGAUCCCUCGACUGGCACGGUUCGGGUGGCGGCUCCGCUCGAUCGGGAAACGAGAGCGCACUACCACCUGCUGGUGACGGCGACGGACGCCGGUCGGCCGCCUCUCGUCACCACGGCCCACCUGUUCAUCUCCCUGGAGGACGUGAACGACAGCCCGCCCGUGGUGGAGCGCGGCGUGGUGCCGGCGCUGGUGUCGGCCGAGGCGGCGCGCGGCACGGCGCUGGCGCGCGUGGCGGCCUGGGACCCCGACGAGCGCGACGCCGCCAACCUGCACUUCGCGCUCGAGGGCGCCGCCUCGCAGCGCGCCUUCGCCGUGGACCCGCGCACGGGCGUCGUGUCGCUGGCGGCGGGGCGCGCCUGGGCGGCGGCGGGGGGCGCGCUGCGCUCGCUCAACGUGUCCGUGUCGGACGGCGCGCACGCCGCCUUCGCCCGCGUCAAGCUGUCGCUGGCGCCCGCCAACCGCAGCCCCCCCCACUUUCCGCACCUGGUGCACGAAGCUCGAGUACUGGAGAACCAACCGCCGCCUGUACUUUUGACGACGGUUAAAGCGUACGACGACGAUCCCGGAGAGUACGGCACGGUGACGUACUCGAUCCCGUCGGCCCGGCUGCGAGAGACGUUCGCGAUCGACGCCAGUAGCGGCGCGCUGAGCACGCGCGUGGCGCUGGACCGCGAGCGGCGCGCCGAGUGGGAGGUGGGCGUGGCGGCCAGCGACGCGGGCGGCCUGCUGGCGCACACCGUGGUGCGCGUGCGCGUGGCCGACGCCAACGACAACGCGCCCGAGUUCCCGCUGCGCGAGUACCGCGCCGCCGUGCGCGCCGACCGCGCGCCGCGCCUGCCCUUCCUGACGCUGGCGGCGCGCGACGCGGACGCGGGCGACCACGCGCGCCUGCACUACUCCGUCUACGAGGGCGACGCGCGCUCCGACACCGCCGGCCUCUUCGCCAUCGACGCGCACACCGGCGCGCUCUCCUUCGCGCGCGACGCCACGCCCUACGCGUCCCGCAGCGUGCAGGUGUGGGUGCGGGCGCGCGACGGGGGCGGGCUGGCGGGCGAGGCGCCCGUGCAGGUGUUCGUGCUGGGCGCGCGCGACGUGGCGCCCCGCCUGCUGGCGCCGCCGCCCGACCUGUUCCUGCGCGAGGACGCGGCGCCCGGCACGCUGGUGGCCGACCUCGGCCCGCCCGGCGCCGCGCCGCCGCGCUACCGGCUGGCGCCCGCGCUCUGGCCGCGGGACCUCUUCGCCAUCGACGACGCGGGCCGCCUCGUACUGGCCGCCCCGCUGGACCGGGAGACGGCCGCCGAACAUAUCAUUGGAAUCAUCGCGGAGGGCCCUGGCAGCCCGGCGCCGGCGGUGAUGGUGCAGACCCGGCUGCACGUCCUGGACGUCAACGAGCACGCGCCCAGCUUCCACUCGCAGCCCUACGUCGUCCACAUCGCAGAGAACACUCCGCCGCACUCCAGCAUCGUGCAGUUGAUGGCGGACGAUCCGGACGCGGGCACGAACGGGGAGAUUCGUUACUCGCUGGCUCACGAGGGUGACGAGGGCGAGGAGGGCGAGGCCGGGGACGCGGCGCUGUUCGCGGUGGACCCGUACACCGGCUGGGUGAGCACGCUGGCGCCGCUGGACCGCGAGGCGCGGCCCGAGCACCGCCUGGCGCUGCUGGCGACCGACGCGGGCUCUCCGCGCCGUCUGGCGCGCGGCACGCUGGUGCUGCGUCUGCUGGACUACAACGACUGCCCGCCCGCCUUCGCCGCGCCGCGCCACCGCGCCGCCGUGCGCGAGGACGCCGCGCCCGGCACCGUGGCGCUGCGCCUGGCCGUCACCGACGCCGACGCGGCCGGCGCGCCGCUCUCCUUCUUCGUGGCGGACGGCGACCCGCGCGCGCGCUUCCAGCUGCGCGCCUCGGGCGAGCUGUACGUGGCGCGCGCGCUCGACCGCGAGCUGGAGCCGCGCUACGACCUCACCGUCGCCGCCUCCGACGGCAAGUUCACGGCGACCACCAAGGUGCUGCUCGACGUGCUCGACGUCAACGAUAAUCCGCCGUACUGUCUACGUCACCGGUACUACGCUCGCUUACCCGAAGACGCAGCGAACGGCACGCGAGUGAUGACGUUGGAGACCGGUGACGCCGACGAACCGAGCGACGCUGGACUCCGCUACUAUCUCACCGGGGAUGCGGCGCACCACUUCCUCAUCGACAAGGAGACGGGCGAGGUGCGCGUGGCGGCGCGCCUGGACCGCGAGCAGCGCGCCCAGUACCGGCUGCGCGCGCAUGCGCAGGACCGCGAGCGCCCCGACUGGGAGUGCAGCUCCGAGCUGCAGGUGGCGCUGGACGACGUCAACGACAACGCGCCGCGCUUCUCCACGCCCACCUACAGCGUCACCCUGCCGGAAGACGCCGACAUCGGGACUCUCGUGGCCAAGGUGCACGCGACCGACGCCGACCUAGGUGAAAAUCGUCUGAUAAGCUAUUCUUUCGUGGAGGAGACCAGCGACGUAUUCGAGCUAGCGGCCGAUAGCGGCAUCAUCACCCUGCGCGCGGCGCUGGACCGCGAGACGCAGGCCGAGCACCGCGUGCUAGUGCGCGCGCAGGACGCGGGCCGGCCGCCGCGCUCCGCCACGGCCACGCUGCGCCUCACGGUGGCCGACGUCAACGACAACCCGCCCGAGUUCGAGUACCACCAGUACCGCGCCACCGUUCCCGAGCUGGACGCGCCCGGCACCGAGGUGCUGCGCGUGCGCGCCACGUCGCGCGACUCCGGCGUCAACGCGGACGUGUACUACUCGCUGGUGGGCGGCGACGACCGCGACGACUUCGCCGUGGACCGCGCCUCCGGCGUGCUGAGCGUGGCGCGCCCGCUGGACUACGAGCGGCGCCAGCAGUACCUGCUCACGGUGCAGGCCGUGGACGGCGGCACGCCCCCUCUCAGCGACCUGGCCACGCUCAACAUCUCGGUGGUGGACGGCAACGACAACGCGCCGCGGUUCGCGCAGGCGCAGUACGGCGCGCGCGUGCGCGAGGACGCCGGCGUGGGCACGCGCGUCCUGCAGCUGGUGGCCGACGACGCGGACGCGGGCGCCAACGCGCGCCUCUCGUACUCCAUCGCGCGGGGCGACCGCGACGCGCGCUUCGCCAUCGACGCCGACACGGGCUACCUGUCCGUGGCGGGCGCGCUGGACCGCGAGACGGCGCCGGCCUACGUGCUGGAGGUACGCGCGCGCGACCACGGCCUGCCCGCGCUGGAGGCCAGCGCGCUCGUCAACAUCGAGGUGCUCGAUGCCAACGACAACCCGCCGCUCUUCGCGCACUCCAACUACAGCGCAGUGGUGCAGGAAGACAGGCCGCUGGGACAUACGAUCCUCAAAUUCGUCGUAGAAGACGCCGAUGCGCCUCCGAAUGCGGCCCCUUAUACCUUCGACUUCCAAUCCGGCAACGAAAUGGGAGCUUUCCGACUGGAACAAGAUGGCUACUUGCGAUCGGCGACACGAUUCAAUCACCGGAUUAAGGACCGAUACGUCUUGCAAGUCCGCGUCUUCGAUAACGGCACGCCGCCUCUGUACUCCGACGCGUGGGUGUACAUCAGGGUCAUCGAAGAGUCGCAGUACCCCCCCGUAGUCACACCACUCGAAGUCGUCGUCAACUCCUAUUUAGACGAAUUCCCAGGCGGUAUCAUAGGAAGAGUGUACGCCUCCGAUCGAGACGCCUACGAUACUCUCACAUACGCAAUCGCCGCAGCUGAUGGCGCACCAUAUCCUCCGACGGAUCUGUUCGAAAUCGAUUCAUCCGACGGCACAUUGAAGGCAGCGCCCCGACUGGACGUGGGAGAAUACAGACUGAACGUGACCGUCGACGAUGGGAAAUUCCUCGGUUACGCUAUCGUCAAAGUUACCGUCAUACUCAUAUCGGACGAGAUGCUCGCGCAGGCGAUCGUCGUUCGUUUCCGUGAAGUGACCGACCGAGACUUCAUCCUGAGCCACCGCAAGGGCUUCCUCCGGGCGGUGGCCGAGGCCAGCGACUGCGAGCCCGGCGCCGUGGUCAUCGUGAGCGUGCAGCCCUCCGGCGAGGCGGACGAGGACGAGCCCGGCGGGCGCGCGCGCCGCCAGGUGGCGCAGGACCUGGACGUGGCCUUCGCCGUGCGCGCCGCGGCCGGCUUCCUGCCCGCCGACGCGCUGCGCCGCCGCCUGCACGCGCACCUGGAGCGCCUGGAGGAGCGCGCGCGCCUCGUCGUGGAGGAGCUGCGCCGCGCCGUCUGCGGGCCCUGUCUGCACGGCGCCUGCGCCGAGCGCGUGCAGCUGCAGGGCGCGCCGCGCGCCACGGCCGCCGAGGUGUUCGCGCUCGUGGCGCCGCCGCACCGCCUGCGCGCGCGCUGCGCCUGCGCGGCCGGCUACGGCGGCGAGCGCUGCGACCGCGCGCCGCCCGCCUGCGCCGACUGCCGCGCCGUGGCGGCGCUGGCGGGCGACGGCUACCUGCAGUACCGCGUGGAGCGCGGCGCGGCGGCGGGCGCGCGCAUGCCGGACGACGAGCUGACGCUGUCGCUGCGCUUCCGCACGCGCGCCGAGCGCGGCACGCUGCUGCACGCGGCGGGGCGCGUGGACUACGCCACGCUGGAGGUGGCGGAGGGCUACCUGCAGUUCCGCAUGGAGCUGGGCGCGGGCCCGGCGGCGGUGCGCGCGGCCGUGCCGGUGGCGGACGGCGAGUGGCACGAGGCGCGCGUGGAGCGGCGCGGCGCCAGCAUGCGGCUGACGGUGGACCGGCGCAGCGCGCAGGCGCAGACGCCGGCGCCGGCCGCGCUGCUCGACGUGCGCGCCGACCGCCUGCUGCUGGGCGCGCAGCUGGCGCGCCACGCGCACGCCUUCGCCGCCGACCAGGUGACGUACGGGUUCAAGGGCUGCAUCUCGGACGUGAAGCUGGGCGGCGCCCCGCUGCCGCUGGAGGAGGGCGCCAGCUCGGGCGACGGGCGCGCGCAGCUCGUGCGCCGCGUGCGCGUGCGCGUGGGCGCCGCCUGCCCCGCGCUGGCGCCGCCCACGCCGUGCGCCUCCUACCCCUGCCUCAACGGCGGCACCUGCCGCGACCUGGCCGACCUGCUGGAGGCCGCCGAGCCCGACGAGGGCUACGCCUGCGCGUGCCACGCGCGCUUCUCGGGGCGGCGCUGCGAGCUGGACGCCGACCCGUGCGCGUCGCAGCCGUGCCUGCACGGCGGGUCGUGCGCGGCGGACGCGGGCGGCUUCCGCUGCGCGUGCGCGGCCGGCCUGGCGGGCCCCCGCUGCGAGCGCGGCCGCUGGUGCGCGCCGGGGGCCUGCGGCCACGCGGGGGCCUGCGAGGAGGGCGACUGGGGCCCGUCCUGUCGCUGCCGCGGCUACUACGGCCCGCGCUGCCAGUACGACGUGGACGAGUGCGCCGGCGAGCCCUGCCUCAACGGCGCCACCUGCGUCAACGAGCCCGGCUCCUUCCGCUGCCUGUGUCCCCCCGACAAGACCGGCAUGAACUGCGGCAACCCGCUGUACUCGGACGCCGUCGUCGCGGGCGGCGCCGGCUCCGGGCCCGCGCUGGCCGCCGCCUGGCGCUGGGCGCUGCGCGAGCGCUGGCCGCUGGCCGCCGCCGCCGCGCUGCUCUUGUUGCUGGCGGCGCUGGCGGCGCUGCCGCUGCUGCUGCGGCGUCGCCAGCGGCCCCCGCCCGCGCCGCUCAACAGCUGCGCGGCCGACAAGCUGGCGCCGCGCGGCUCCAAGCUGUCCAACCUGGAGGCCGUGCGGCGCGAGCGGCCCGCGUCCUGCGCCGACCCGCCGCCGCUCAACAACGUGGACACGCUGCGCAGCUACGGCUCGGCCGGCGACGAGCUGGAGGGCAUCCCGCCCGACUACCGCCGCAACCUCAACAUCGACGUCGUCGACCGCAAGCCCUGGUCCGAACAGAUGCACCUUCACACCUUCGUCGACAACAAGAUAUACAACGAUCUCAAAGGAUGCAAGAGCAGGAUACGCGCGCGCUCCCCGGGCUGCGUACGGCGCGUGGGGGGCGGCGGGGGCGUCGGGGGCGCGGGGGGCGCGGCGCCCGAGCCGCACAUGCUGGGCGGCUACCACUGGGACUGCUCGGACUGGUGCGGCGGCGGGGGCGCGCUGCCCGGCAUCAGCGAGGUGGCGGGCUCGGAGCGCCCCGACUCCUCGUCGGCCGCGUCGCCCGCCUCGCCCGCCGCCAGCCCCGCGCUGCGCCGCCGCGCGCGCCGCCCGCGCCCCGACACUGACUCCGCGCCCGACGACAUGGACGCGCCGCGCCUCACCGACGCUUCUUCGUACCUACUGCACACGGACGAGUACUGCGCGCGCGCCGCCAGCGACUCGGAACAGCUGCGCGCUCGCACGCUGCGCGAGCCCGACGCGGCCAGCCUCAUUACCAUGCUCGAGGAGCGAAACUCACUACUGGGCGGCGACGAUGACGGGUCUGGCAGCGAGUUGUCGGCAAACCUGUGCGAGAUCGAAGAGUCGGACGCCGAGACGGAGCCCGCGCUGGCCGGGCCGCGCCAUACGGACGUGUGACGCAGGCGCGCGGCCCUCGCGCCGCCGCCCGCGGGCCGCCGGCCCCCCCCGCUGGGCCCCGCCCGGCCGCGGGCCCCGCCGCUGGGCCCCGCCCGCGGUCUAUAGCCCGCCGGCCUACACUACACACGAACGCUUCGUCGACUGUAGCGAUGUGAAUGCCGAACUCGCCGACUCUUACAAAAUAUGAACCUGACUCCUGAGUGGGACACUUGCCCAAGUAUUGCUGCCACAGAAUACAUUCGUUGCUACUUACGUAUUGUAUUAAUGAAAUCACUCAUGGGUAAAAGUUGGUUGUGAUUUUUGACUUUCCCGUGUGAAACUAUUUUGACAACCACGCACGUUAGAUUUUACAAUUCAUACCCAGGGCACUUAAUUUAAAUGUUUACAAACUGUUGUAUUUUGCAUUUAUGUUUAAGCAUAAUCAUUCCAGAAAUAAUUAUUUUCCAUAGUAGUGGUCCGUUUAACCGAAACAAUGUACUGUGUAAUGAAUGUCUGCGAAUGGAAAUUGUAUAUAUUUAUAGUCUGUUUCGCGUGUUGCUUUUUUCCUCAAGAGGUGUGAACAAAGGAGGUAUAAGACUUGUACAUAGUAUUAGCACAGGUAUUAGCAUGUAAUUACGAACUAGAUAGGUGACAUUGUAAAUAAUAUUAUUGUAAUAGUGAGAAGUAUAAAUAUUUAUCUUCCUUCUCCGCGACUCACUUCGCGGACAGCCGAGAUAGUCCGCCGCGGGCCGCCGGCAACCCUCCACCAGAAUACGUACAACUAGUACCACUACUCUGUACCUGCUACUACUUCGAGUACUACUACGUUUCAAUACUAGCGGCACUAGCGGCUCUCCAUUAUACAAAUUGUAUCGAGAUGUUAGUUAGGGACACAUGUUGGGAAUCGUGAGUACGUGCGAGUGUGGUGAGACUGUGGGGCGACGUGUCGCGCCUCGCCCGUCGCGGGAAUAUAUUAAUGAAAUGGUGCUCCAAACGUAGUUUCAUAUCAUACUUUAAAACUGUGCAUUUAAAAUGAGUAGCUGACGCGUUCUCCUCCUAGACUAGUGUUAAAUAAGGAUCUAUUUUUAUAUGUACAAAGAGAGACGCGGCUGUACACCGUCUGUGACGGGCUGCGCCACGCGGCGCAUCUGUAUCUUUUUUUUAUAAAGAAAUGUUUAUAAAAUAAAAAUAAAUUAUUAAAUCGUUGUGUAAAUUUUGACACGACCAAUAAAGACUAACUGAAACAA